AUGCAGAACCAACACGGACAAGGCAUAUCACACGCUGCUGGCGAAUCAAAGGUUCCUGGAAAAAUUCAGGAGCAGGCACCCGUCGGCUUGGAGAAGAAUCUGCCCAACAAAAUUCACGAUACGGGUUCUUCACGAGACGGGCCACAAACGAACAUCAGCCAUGCUAAAGGUGGGGGUGAAGCCUCCAUCGUCCCCCAGAAACUCCAAGAGAAACUCCCCGAGAGCAUCGAGCGUGCCGUUCCCAACGCGAUCCAUGAUACUGGUGACCAAGGUGGUCUCCAUCGGAAGCAAUAG